AUGAGCUCACUAAACUACUCCUCCCCUGCUAAAGAAGAGGAGGUCUGCUGGACGGAGAAAGAAGCUCUGGGACUGAACAUUGUCGUGAAAGAAGAAGAUGAUGUUAUUGAGGAAACAGAGGAAGAACAUUUUAGAGAGGAAGAGGAUGCUGUCGCAGUAGAGGUGAAGAAGGAAGACGUUUUGAGAGACAACGCUAGCCCUUCCACCCUCACGGAGUCCCCGUGUCGUGCCUCUCCCGGUAGCACCUUACUGCUGGGAGGAACAACAAUCUUCGAGGAACCAAAGACGUCCAAACCAGCAAGACGACACCUCUGCGCCCAGUGUGGAAAGAGUUUUAACCAGUUAGGAAGCCUGAAAGCUCAUGAGCGAAUACACACAGGGGAGAAGCCUUACCACUGCUCCCAGUGUGGAACUAGGUUUACCAGAUUAGGAAGCCUGAAAAGACAUGAGAGGAUACACACAGGAGCGAAGCCACACCAUUGCGCCCAGUGUGGAAAGAGUUUUAACAAGUUAGGAAACAUGAAAUCUCACGAGCGAAUACACACAGGGGAGAAGCCUUACCACUGCUCCCAUUGUGGAAAAAGUUUUAGAGAGUCAGGAAACCUGAACGCUCAUAAGCGAAUACACACCGGGGAGAAGCCUUACCGCUGCUCCCACUGCGGAAAGCGUUUUAACCAUUCAGGAAAGCUGAAAGAACACAUGAGACUGCACACAGGGGAGAACCCUUGCAAAUGCUCAGACUGUGGGAAGACAUAUGACUCAUCACGGUCACUUAAACGUCAUGUGAGAAUCCACACGGGAGAAUAA